AUGAUUGCUCGUAGACGCAUUUACUUUGCAGGCCUGAUGGCCACCCAAAACUUGGACGAUACGGGUCAACCCAAGAAGCUUUGGCAACGAGUCUACGACGCUGUCGAGCCUUGGCAUCUGAAUGUGGCGGCCUCUACGAUUGUGCUGUGCUUUAUUCUGCAUCAACUCUAUACAAUGUUCGGCCAGAGGGGGCAUCGACAGUCGGCCAAGGUCACAAAAUUGAGGGAGAUGGAAGAGGAGAGAGAGAGGCUGCGGAGGUCGUUGAGCACGGUAAGCGUUUACUAUAGCGACUUUACAAUAGUCGGCUUGUAAAGUCGCCAAGCCAAGUUUAGUUCGAAUCAAACCUUGAUUAUUUAGCCAAUGAAAUCAACGCUUUUCAGCAAGUCAAAAAAGAGUACGCCGAAAAAGGUGUGGGCUCGGACUUGGAUGUCCUCGAUUUGCAAGAGGAUCUUCAUCUGUACAAAGAGGUUCCCUACAUUCCUUUAUGUUAUUCGGAGGAGGAAAUGAUGGCCAAAUCUCAAUCCUUCUACGAGCACAUGAAGUUGCGAAGGAGCGUUCGCUGCUUCAGCGACAAAGAUAUUCCAUUGAAGGUCAUCCAAAAUUUGAUUAAAACAGCUGGUAGGUAGAGCAAAACGCAUGAAAAUUGUAAUCAUAGUGAUAAAACGAAUUUAUUUUUUGAAUUUUCCAAAUUUAGGCGCCUCUCCAAGCGGGGCAAAUCUUCAACCGUGGACAUUUUGUGUUAUCCAUAGCCACAAAAUCAAACGAAAUUUGAGGGCGAUUAUCGAAGAGGAGGAACAACGGAACUACACAAGGAGGAUCGGCGCCAAAUGGGUGUUGGAUGUGGACCAUCUCAGCGUCCAUUGGAAUAAGCCGUAUAUUACGGAAGCACCCUACGUCAUCGUCGUUAUGAAACAUGUAAAAAAUUAUUUUUUUAAAGGUUUUUAAAGAUGGCUAUACGGAUUGGGAAAUCAAAACGACUUUGUUUUUAGACCUUUAACAAAUGAAUUUUUUUCAGAUCUUCCAAAUAAAACCAGAUGGAGAGCGUCAAAUCACCUAUUAUAAUGAAAUGGGCUGCAGUAUUGCUGUUGGGAUUUUGCUGGCUGCCAUUCAGGUAAACUGAUGGUUUACUUUUUUCUUUAUUUAGGGUCUGAAAUACGCCCUCUAUAUUUGCUCUUCCUUUUUGGCCAAUGGCGCUUUUGGGGUCAAGUCUUCCUCUGAUAGGUCAAGUGUUUCUCCGGCCGCUGUGUUUUUCAAAAAUGCUUGGGUUUUAUGUAGAAUGCAAUGUCGCUAUUAGUGUGCAUUUCAGCGCCUAUUUUGUGUUUUUUUGUGGCUUUGGGUCAAGUGUUUCCCUCGAAUUCGAAAAUCGGGGGUUCGGCAAGUUUUGCCCGCAAUAAAUUAAAUUUGAUUUUAAAUACCUCAAAUUACAUUUAUUUUCUUUAUUCUUUUGGUUUGGGUCAAGUCUUAUCUCUAUUAUUUUUUUUUAUAAAAAAAAAUUUUGGGUCAAGUCUUACCUCUCAAUGGCCAAGUUUUCCACGACUGAGUCAAGUCUUUCACUCGUUGAAUUUUCGCACAAACGACGCAAUUUUUCAGAACGUUGGACUAGUCACUGUAACAACAGCCCCACUGAACGCAGGUGGUCGGAUCCGUGAACUUUUGCGGCGCCCUGACAAUGAAAAGGCCAUGUUGAUUUUGCCCAUCGGAUAUCCGCAAGAAGACGCACAUGUUCCGGACCUUCGGCGGAAAAAACUUGAGGAUAUUAUUAGAAUGUACUAA